AUGUUUGCCGCUCGUCGUCUCGCCACCAGCCUCCCCCGCGCGCGCCCCCAGGCUGCCCUCUUCCACAGCACCGCGCCCGCUUUCGUCCAGAAGGGCGACUCCAUUCCCAGCUUGGACCUCGUCGAGAACUCCCCCGGCAACAAGGUCAACCUCGCCAAUGAGCUGAAGGGCAAGGGCGUUAUCAUCGGUGUCCCCGCAGCUUUCAGCCCUGCCUGCUCCGGCUCGCACAUUCCUGGCUACAUCAACCACCCCAAGCUCAAGGAGGCCGGUCAGGUCUUUGUGGUUGCCGUGAACGACCCCUUCGUCACCAAGGCCUGGGCUACUUCCCUCGACCCCACUGGCAAGAGCGGUGUCCGCUUCCUGGGUGACCCCUCCGGCGAGUUCACCAAGGCCCUGGACUUGAGCUUCGAGAGCAGCGCCAUCUUUGGCAAUGACCGCAGCAAGCGUUACGCUCUGCUCGUGGAGAAUGGAAAGGUCAAGGAGGCCUUUGUGGAACCCGACAAUAUCGGUCUCAACGUCUCCGCUGCCGAGAAGGUGCUCGGUUAA